UUUUUUUCUUUUGUUUUAGGGACAAAUUCUACUACUACAUAGCUUUAUUUAAUAUUUGUGACUUUAUUUAUAAGAUAUUAUUUUACUUUUAUUGGCACAUACUCACUGGAAAAUGGCUAAAGCAGCGGCAGUAUACAACAGAUUUGCUGCUAGAAAACGUAUUUGCUAUUAUUUUUUGUCUUUCCAGGCCGUUAUAGGUUUUCAUGGGUACACUGGGGGAUUUAAAAGAUCCUGAAAAAAUUUUUCUAGGCAUUUCUAUGCUUUCAUAGGUUAACUAGGGGGGCAUUUAUCACUUGACCUUUCCUCUGUACCUUUUUCUAGGAGGUUCUAAGGGUCUUUGUUAUUUGGGACUUUAAAAAGCUACUUGGGGUACUUUACAAAAAUUCUUUAAAAAUUCCUCUUCUGUUUAUUCUUUAAAAAAAUAUUUUCUCCUUUCUAUUAAUAGCUAAUCCCUCGUGUAUUUUUUAAAAAUUAAAAAAAAUUUUUUUUUUGCUACGCAUGACGCAGAUUGUCCUUUCAUAAAAAGGGUAUUAAAAGAAACGCAUUUUAGUUUAAUGGUUUUAAAAUGAACACACUUUUUUUAUAUUUUCUUUAAGUGGGAGAAAGGGGGACUAAAAUAAGAGAGAGAAAAUAUGUGGCAGCUUUUCUUAAGCCUUUUUUUAUUUUUGAAAAAAAAUCCUAUGAUUUUGUAGUGUCCUUAUGAUUAGCAAAAUUGGGGGGAGAGGGGAGGUUAUUAGCACAAAAAUAUUUAUCUCGUGGAUUUAUUUUAUUAAAAAAAUUUUUAGAAUAGUUUUGAGGGGCAUUCAUUGACAUUAAUAUUUUUGCUGACUUAAAAAAAAUAAAAAAAAUUUUCAUUUAAAGAAAUAUGAAAUCAACAGCCCCAACAUGUUUACCUCAUUCUGAAGCUUUUGUAGUUGGUGACCGUCAAAAUUCUCCUGAAGAUUUGGUUUUUGAUCUUUUCAAAAUUCCUCAUCGAGAUGAGGCACAUGUUGGCAGACUUCUUUAUACUCUCAGAGGUUUUGGACUUACUUCUGAUGAUCAACGCCUAGCCCCCAUGCUAGAAAAAAUGCGGCAAUGUUUGGAUAUUGAAAAUAAUGCAGAAGCAACAACAACUACUGUUGAUGGAAUGCACAAAGUAACCAAUAAAUAUGGUGAGGAAGUCCAUGGGGAAGAGCUUCAUUUUGGUAGACAUUUGGGCCGUGAACAAUUUAAAGCUUGUGUCCGUCCAUGCAUUGAUUUGGUUUCUCGUGCACUUCGUAAUCAAUUAAUUAUACCAAAUUGGACAGAAUUUACUGCUAAAAUUAGAGAAAUUUUUGAAGAGUGUCGGUCAGAGGAAGGUGGAGAUGUUGCAACGUAUAUUCCUCAAUUGGCUAGGGCAGACCCGAAUCGAGUAUAA